CGAAGUUGUCAAAAUCAACAACAAAAUUUCAUCCAAUGUUUGUUCAAAUUGCGAUACAUAUGAACAAGAACACAAUCCCCGUCAAAAUCAGAUGAUAUUAAGCACGCAUCGUUUCAAUGAAUACAUUUAAUAUCUUAGAUAUCAUUUUUGACAGGUUUAAGCGUAAGUAAAUCCCGAAUUUCGGACUAGUUGUUAAUUUCGGACAAACGAAAGAGUAAUUAUGAAUUUACUAGAAACAGCUAAAAUCUGGCUUCAAAACAACAGCAUUAUAGUUCCUGAUGACUGGUUACAGGCUUGUGUUGAAUGGAUUAGGGAGGAAAAUAGGGACCAACCUCUUGGCCAGGAUGCCGUAAACUCACAGGUGUAUGAACAGUGGCUGCUUAGUGAUCUCCAUGAGCUAGAGACAUCCUGUCUGCCGGCUGAUGUAACUUCAGAGAAGUUUGAGUUGAAUGGAUCUUAUGCCCUACAGAUUGACAGUGUAGUGGACGUGGGUGUGUCCUUCUACUCCCAGUCUCAGAAACUCCAGGGUACAGAAAACCCAAACAUCCAUGUGACCGCUGACGAACCUACACAGAAACCGUGGGAACAGAAGCCAUCUCGUAUGCUGAUGCUGAAGCUAACAGAUGGUCAUACAAGCGUCCAGGGCAUGGAAUAUCGUCCCAUUUCUGCACUUAGCCCGCAGACUCCCCCAGGAGCAAAGAUUCUUGUCCAGGGCCCAAUUCUGUGUCGCCAUGGUAUUCUGAUGCUACAGGAGCGGAAUGUGAAGUUUCUUGGGGGUGAAGUUGAUACCCUGGUCGAGGCUAACACGCUCAUUAAUGUUCUUCAGUCAGCCAUGGAAACUAGUUCAGAGAACGCCGGAAAAGAACACAGCCAGACAUUUGCAGGGUCAGAAGUGCGUAAAAACAAAACUGGUGACUCCUUUAAUGCAGGGAGUGGCCAGUCUCAGCUGGGAACACAACAGGGGAGAAAAUUUGGGAACCAAUUAAGCAAUUUUGGUAACCAGUCAAGCCAUGUCGGAAACCAGACCAGAAAUUUUGGUAACCAGUCAAGCAAUUUUGGUAACCAGUCUGGAAAUAGAGGGACACAGUCUGGAUUUGUGAAGAAAGAGGUGAAAAAUGAGCCAAUAAAAGGCCAACUGCAAAGUACAAGGGAACAAAACAUACCAGAUUUAGAGAUAAGUGACGACAUGUUUAUGGAUGAGAUGGAAAUGGAUGAUGACUUCAUGCAACAACUUGAUGAGGAUAUGGACUUCCAGGAUGCUCCAGUUGUUUCAAACAGUAGAAAUCUGCCUUCUGUUGGUGAAGUGGCUGUUCCAACAGCUAGCCUACCACCUGCUAAACAGAAUUUGGCUGUUCCAGUUAAUCAUCCUCCUCAGAAUGGGAAUGGUGGUGUUUCAAAACUGGGAUCAUCAUCAGCUAGGGGAAAUACAUGUUUCACCAGCUCAGAUAAAAGGAAUAAAAACAUUUUAACUGCACAAGUAAAAAUUGAACAUUUUAUUGAAGACAGUGACCAUGAUUUUUCAAAUGGAAAUAUCUGCCAAAAUUCUUCCACUUCAAGUCAUAUGUGUAAUACAGUAGCAUCAAGAAAUGGCAGUGCUCAAAAAAUACCAUCCCUAUCGACUGUUGUUAAGACUAAAGGUAACUCAAGUGUGGUGGAUUCGGACAUAAGAAAUUCAUUAAAUAGUUUACCGACGCCAAGAGCAGAAAAUGUGUCGUCAUCAGGGAAGCGUCUCUCUGGUGAUAAAUCGUUUGAAAAUGGUUCAUCAAUAAAAAGGCAAAAUAUAGUAAAUGCAUUAAAACCUGAAAAGACGGUAUCCGAAGGAGGAAUUAGAAGUUUGUCUAUGAGUUCCAAUGACCUCUCUCCAGCCGCAUUGUCGCAUAUAGAUGCAGAGUACCCAUUUACUUAUCUCAACAAAGUUCUGGGUCAGCCACCUUCUGAAGAACCAUCCUACCACACUAUCAAGGCCUAUAUCGCCACUCUGGUCAGUAAAUUACGCAUUGAAGGCAACAAGUGGAUGUUGACGUGUAAAAUAAAUGACGGAACUCGGGCCAUUGAUGUUGAUCUUUCGAAUCAGGUCUUAACAGAAAUGAUUGGGUUUUCACCUCAAGAAGCUAAUGAGAUGAAGAAGAGAGUAAAAAUAGACCGAGGGGUUAAGGAGGUUUUGACAGAUGGGAUCAAGCAAUGUCAGCAGAAGCUGAUAGAAUUGAUGUGCCUUCUAGAACUGGAAAUUUCAGCCUCCAAUCCAAGACCAGUUGUCGUGGCAACCAAACCAAUAACAUCCAAUCACAUUAAUAUGCUUUAUAAUAGAGUAGUGGCAUCAAUUAAAAAGUAAUCUACUAGUUUGUUUGGGUAUAUGACUAUCAAAGAUUAUAUUUUUGAAAUAUUGUGAUAGUUGGUCGGUCAUUGUCGGCUUCAUAGUCUUGGGUCAAUAUUCAAUAAGCAUCUUAGUGAAUAUUUUCAACUUAGUGAGAAUUUUAUAAUUUUUGACAUCAUUUAUUUUAAAUACCCGCUACUUUUCAUCGCAUUUAUUCAUAUGCAUAUAUUGUUUAGACCAUUUUCUUGCUUAUUUUCAUAUUUUUGGUAUACAAACAUAGUUCGUUUUCUAAAAAUUCAAAUUAGAAAAAAGGCAAUUUCACUUAGUUGAAUUUUUUUUACUAAGAUGCUUAUUGAAUACGACCCUUGCUAUACCAAUAACCUUGGCCAUAGCUUAAAAAUGUUUAUUAUGUUUUGAUCAAACUUGGUAUACAUGUUGCUAGAGAAAAUUGGUACAAGCAAGGCAAGGGCCAUCACUCCGGCUUUAAAGCUGCCCUCUCACAGAUUGAACGUUUUGACAACUUUUUUUUGUCUUGGAACGAGCCAAUUUAUGCGAAAAUGCAUGGAAACCAGUGGUAUAAGACUGCUGACAAAAAAUAAAAUCACAGAUAUUCAUAUACGCUAUUCAAAAAUAGAUGAUUUUUUGAGAAACAGUGAUGCUUUAAGCCAUAAAACAUUAAUUUUUGAAAGGAAACAUUAAAGUCUGCUAUAUGAUCUUUUGUCAUCAGUCUUAUAUCACUGGUUUGCAGAUAUUUACGAAAAAAUUUGCUCAUUCCAAGACAGAAAGUAAAAAAAAAGUUGACAAAAUGGUAAAUCUGUGUGAGUGCAGCUUUAAUAAUUGUUUAUUUAUGAACUUGUUGGUCUGAAAAAACAUCACACGCAGGCACACACACGCAUUUCUUUUCACUUAAUGGUGCUCUUGUUAAGAAUAGAUACUGUUUUAAGUUUGCAUCUAAAGUCAGCUUGUUUAACUGGGUUGUCAUGGUAACUAAAUCUAGGGAAUUAGUUACCACAGUAACCUUAUGUUUUCUCUGUUCAUUACAAUUUAUUUUCAAAAUGAAUUACUGUAUUUUAAUGUAUAAAAUAUGUCAUAACUUUUCAAUACAUGCCUUUAUAACUACAGUUUAAACUCGCUAUGUCGAACUCUGUUAUCUAGAUGUUCCGGCUAUGUCGAACUAUGUUAUCUCGAUGUUCCGGCUAUGUCGAACCCUUGUUAUCUCGAUGUCCCGGUUAUGUCCAGCUUUUUUCGAAUAUAAUGGGUUUUGAAAUCUAUGCUGUUUUGAAGUUUUGUACUGUUCUUCCAUGUUUCUUGUUUGUUUUUUUUGUUUUUAUGUUCUAUGUCUUUGGGGUUUGCCCAGUGCCAUUAAACCAGGUUUAUACUUUUUGUUACUGAGCUUGUUUCUGUAGUUUUUCGCAUAAAUAUUAGUAAGACAUGUGUUGUAUUUCUGUUAUAUUGAAUAUUGGCUAUCUCGACUAUUUCUCGAAGUCCUUAUGACUUUGACAUAGCAAGUUUUGACUGUAAAUGACACAAUUUCUCGAUGAACUAUUUUUGAUUUUAUAAAGUCAUAUUUAUUGUUAUUUUUUUGGCUUUUGAAAUAAAUCAAGAUUAUUAUGCUUGCUGGCUUAAAGAUGCACUCUUACUCCCAAAUAAGAUUUACCACAAUUAAUAAUAUUGUUUUAAUAUUCCAAAAAGGAUGAAUAAAUGUCGAAAACAAUGUUUAUUAUGAAGGAUACCGAGUGUAAUUUGAAAGAAAUGAUCAUAUUACACGGUAUUUCUACUUUAUUAAACUAUAGUAGACCACAGUAAAUCUUUUAGCAUUCACCGAUCAUUUAAUAUUUUUGCCCAAUCUGCUAUUAAACACACGGUUACAAUCUUGUUAUCAGUAAUUAAUAUUUUCCAUGAGUGCAUUAUUUAGUAAGUAGUUAAAGGUUUAUCAGUCAAAAAUGAUGUUUGUUAUACAUGUUUAUAUGUAUUGAUUUCAUACAUGCCAUAUCCCCCGGCGGGGGGAAAAAUCCCCCGGAAUUUCGAUCCAUCCCCCGGUCUCCCGGCGGGAGAUAAAAAUACCCCAGAUUUUUUUUUUGAUUUUUUUUUCUAAAUUCAUUUUUUUAGAGAUUUUACAUCAGGCAAUAAUGACAAAGUGAAACCACAGUAUGUGAGUGAAACUGAAUGUAAAGAAACAACUCCACAAGGGUGAAAUUACUGUUCAAAAAAGGUUUGAUAAAUGCCAAAAAGAAACCUUAACAAAAAGUGAUCAAUUAAUUUGAAGUAAUGAUCAAAGAUUUUGAAUAAGAAUGUCACUUUAAGAUUGUUUGAGAAAUAGGUAUCUGUUGAACAAUGUUGCAAUAGCAUCAGAGCAUUUUGUUUUAACUAUAUGGCAAAAUAAUCAUUUAUUUCUUAAGAGAAUGAUUACGUGUAUUUAAGUGUUCUACAUAUAUGGUAUUUUAACAUUCAAUAAAACAUGUCUGCCUUUUUAUCAGCAAACAUGCUUUAUUUUUACUUGUAUUUAGAUCAUGAGAGUUAUAAAACCAGUUCCAAUAUCCAAUGUAAAUCUUCCUGUGUAUUUGUUUAUUGGCUCAGGGCCAUUUACAUCUCACACUUUUAGAGAAGAUAAUCUCGUAGUCUUAACAAAAAAGUAUAUACAAAUAUUCAUAGCUUAUUUAUUAAUUAGUUUGAGCA